UGUAAUGACGCACUUUAUCCUGAUUUUAUCACUCAACACUUCCGCUGCUCGAAUGACUCUCAAAGCCGGGGGAUACAGCGUGAGCAUUUCCGACCAACAUUUACUGUGACUUUCGCGAACAGGGCCUCCAAGACGCUGGCCACACAGCUUUGUAACCUCCGUCUUCUCAUCUGUUAGACUUUCAAGAUAAGCCGCGCACAUUGAUUUGCACGGAUGCCAUGAGGCUUGGGAUUGGGUGUAUCCUGUGCAAGCGGUGUAUGAACCAAGUAUCCCGUUAUUAGGGUUCAGAUGUUCUUAAGUGCGUCCAUCCUCGCAGCCUCGCAGUCGAACGUCUCCCUCUUAACUUACACCGCAACCGAUAUUGCACAGAGUCACCUCUGCUUCCCCCAUGCACAGUGAGGUGUACGCGAGCGAACUGAAGAAGACCGUUCAAGAGGGCGAAGCCCUUUGGUUUCCCGAACCGAGCCAAGACGGCGAAGUUCAAAUCGGAGACGUCGGCUACAUCCACGAAGGGGCUUUUAUGCGUCUAUUCAAUGCCAUCGACCCCGAAAAGUAUCCAGUCCUGACAGCUUUGGAGGAUUAUCGUCUUCCAGCGGCAUUCGAACCACUGCGGGACAGGCGAGCCCAGCGAAUAGACCAACGCCUUAGAGCUCUCGCGCCAGGGCCGUACAAGAGCAAAAGUGUAGUCACCAGAAAGGUCGAGGCAUCCGCAUCUGCGUGCGUAGUUCAUAUCUACGUCGGUGCUGGGAUGGAAUACGAGUGCACCAAGGAGAAGGGCGCGCUUCUGAUUCUGAGGAGCGACGCGAAGAAGGUGCAAGCAUCCUCAGAGAAGACAUUCGGGGAUUACGUGGCGAAGUUCCAUGACUCGUGGUGCAAGUUUGCUUUGGAUCUGGGGAUCGCAUCCGCCGAGGCUAUGGCUAGGAAGAUAGUGCUGGUCUGCGGCUGGGUCAAGACGUACCCCGAUUGGUCCGUUACAGCCUUCACGUCCAGCGGCAGUAAAUUCCGUGCCUCGCUCGACGUCAAGACCAUCGGUGUCGGCGGGAUCACCGGGUCGUAUUCUGGCACGGAACAUGUUGAAGGGCCGGUCAUGAAUCGGUGGGGCGUGUACGCGCGCGCGCGCGCGCCGGAGGAGGAGCGCAUCCAGAACCAGUGCAUUUUCGUCAAGUGCAUCUAUGCAAAGCGUCGGCACUGGCCAUACUUCUUCAGGGCCGGUGCGGGACCGCACCAGCUACCUGACCAACGGGAUGCGAACUCCGGCCAGGAUGGGCCUGCUAUUGAAGUAUCGAACGAACAAUAUCAAAGUGAUACUGAAGCUGGAGACGACAUGGUACAUUACAGUCCGAUGGACGCUGUAUUAGAUUAUAUCCUAGAGGUGCGUCUUUUUUCCGCGGCUGAUUAUGCUGGCGUUGAUGACGUCUAUUCAGAGCUCGAAUGCUGCAACUGCGGUUUGCAGCGAUCAAGAUCUCGAGGACAUACUUUUUGUCAGUCUCUUUUGAAAUUAUAUUUGUUACUACGCUGA